AUGGACCAGCCCAAAAUUUCCUCGCGGUUGUCUACAUCCUCCCGCUUGUCUUCCAGCAUCUCCCGACGCGUCAACCGAGAAGCUCGGUUCGGCGACUAUAUACUCGGAUCGACCCUUGGUGAAGGCGAAUUUGGUAAAGUAAAGUUGGGUUGGAAGAAAAAUGGCUCCCAGGUGAACCAGGCCGCGAUUAAACUUAUCCGCAAGGACACUGUUCCACCUAAAUCGCAACGAGAGAUCAAAGUGUUUAGAGAAAUCAAUGCUCUCAAAAUUUUACACCACCCGAACAUUGUCAAGCUUGAGCAAGUCAUCCAAAAUGACAAGUACAUUGGAAUUGUUCUUGAAUACGCUUCGGGAGGUGAGCUUUUCGACUACAUUCUUGACAACCGCAGUCUCAAAGAGCAUGUGGCUGCCAGGCUGUUUUCACAGCUGGUGUCAGGCGUCUAUUAUUUGCAUUCAAAAGGUAUCGUGCACAGAGACUUGAAGCUUGAAAAUUUACUGCUUGAUAAGAACAAGAACGUGAUCAUCACAGAUUUUGGCUUUGCAAACUCUUUCCGCAACAAAGGCAACCAGCUCAUGUCGACCUCAUGUGGCUCCCCGUGCUAUGCUGCUCCAGAGCUCGUGGUAUCGGACUCCAAAUAUGACGGCCGUAAGGUAGAUGUAUGGUCCUGUGGCGUUAUUCUCUACGCCAUGCUCGCUGGGUACUUGCCCUGGGACGACGAUGCCGAGAACCCAAACAGCGAUAACAUCACCCGGCUGUACAAGUACAUUACAACCACUCCGCUCACGUUCCCGGAAUACAUGCCCGCGACUCCGCGCGACGUUCUGCGGCGAGUAUUGGUAGCCGACCCGGAAAAGCGUCUGUCGCUGGCGGCAGUGCGCUCACAUCAAUGGCUCGCUCCUUACGCUGCAUUUUUGUCGGUCACACCAAAGGAAUGGGACGAUGUGUAUACUCGUAAUCUUGAGAAGCAAGCGCAGCUAAGUGCAGCGGCUUCAGGUCCCUCUUCGGCGGCCGCGGCCGCGGCUGCAUCAACCAGCGGUAUGGUUCGGUCCCACUCUACGCAGGUCCGCGCAGAGCCAUCGACCCAAACCGCUCUACCGCAAAGAGGUCAUGUUCGCUCAAGCUCCGCAAUGCCAAUCUCAGCACCUAUACCCGCAGCUACACCGGUCGUAGAAAAUCAUCCGGGCAUGGCUGCCUCGGCCGCUGCGCACAGCACUCGCCGCAUGUCUGCGAUGCCGACAAUGUCGACUGCUCCUCGGUCGCAUCAGAGGACUACUUCUCAAGUUGCAGACACCAGCUCUGCCGGAACUUCGCAGACUGCGAAGAUACCAUCUCCUUCAAAGACUCGAUCCCGACUCCCUGCCCCUCAAGGCAAACCGCGUCCUAUUUCGUUCCACCCGACAAGCACCUCUCAUGCACUUUAUCAGCCUGACACGGAUUCGAAUGGAGCAGUUUCAUCUUCUUAUGCCCUAGGGACGAAUUCGGGAUUCUCUUUGUACACGCCACGGGCAUCGCAGCCUCGAGUUGAACUUUCUCACGCUGCCGCGAAAUCUGGGGAAAUUUCGCGGCCUCUGUCCUUCGUACAGUCUGCUAGUGCCCAGCGAUUAGUUUCGAUGGCUCCAGACACUGACCAUGUUGUGCAGGCUACCGCUCAGCCUGCGCAGCUGCCCAUGAACCCACCUCCGCCACCGCCUCCUACGCAGGCCACGGUCCAGCGCCAACAGCAGCCUUCCCCAAUGCAUAUUGACGCUGUGCGCUCAAAGACGAGCGAUGUUGCCAUGAAAGACUCUAUUACCCUCCAUCAAAGACGCGCCUCUGGUUUCUCGCGGCUGUUCAGCGCAGAUACUCGCAGACACUCUGCGGUGCCAGUUCCGGUUGCAGGAAAUGUUCCGGUGGAUCGAAGGCGGUUCAGCAAUGUUUUUGGAUUCAGCAACAGCCGCGAGCGGGUAUACACUGUGCCUGAGGAAGACCCUCGCCGUACCGGAUUGCAGGUGUCGCAGGAUGUGGAGAACCGAUCUAGAGUUCCUCAGACAAAAGAGCCCUCAGCAGCGAAGAAGAUGGUGAACUUCUUCCGCCGCCGGUCCACUGUUGCCAGCUAG